AUGUCUGCGACGCCUCGAAAGCCCGGCUCACCAGCCAAUGCCAACAAAUCCGCGUCAGACUCAACAACGAACGGCACCCCAUCGCGAGGUCAUACUAGAUCUCCUACUACAACAUCAAACGGCCUGUCCCGGUCUCCGUCUCUCCGCGGUUCGACUCCCGUAUCCGCACGAGCAGCUGCCAGAAAGCCCAACCGCUCAUCCAACCUGAGUAUGUCGAGCGUUCCAAAAGUUGCCGCUGAUCCGUCGGAGGAAGAAGCGCGCGCCCAGAAUGCGGCGCUCAUCGAAGAUCUAAAAGAACAAUUGCAAAAGGCGGAGACCGCUUCUGAACAAUAUCGCAAGCAACUUGGUGUGCUGCAGAUGCGCCUCGACGAGGCCGUCAGCGAGCAAUCGAAGCUGGAAGACCAUGGCCAUGAGAGAGACAGUAAAAUUGAAGCAUUGAACGGCGAGAUCCGUGACCAUGUUCGCCAAAUUCGUGACCUAGAGCAGGCGCAUGAAUUGGAGCGGAAUGCCAUGCUCCAGGAGAAGGAGCAACAAGCAAGCCGGGAAGAAGAAAUGCAGGCCACCAUUCAGCGCCUGAAAGAGACCGUAUCCCAGAGGGAUAUGCGGAUUGGUACCGAUGGCGAUAAAAAUGUGUCGCGCUCUUCCAGUUUCCGCAACCGAGCCUCCCCGGACAUUGAUGGACAAUUUGCCCCUUCAUCUCAAAUCGAACGGAGCCCCUCGCGGAAUAACUCCAAAUUACUCUUGCAGAAGGAUAAAUUGAUCGAGUCUUUGCGCCUCGAGUUGGCCGAGUCUCAGAUCAAACUUGUGGAGAUGGAGAACAAAGGUGGAGGCCGACAAAGAGAGCUGGAAAAGGAACUGUUGGAAGCUCGCAUGGCGAAUGCUCGUCUGAUGGAAGAUAAUGAGAGCUACCAACUACUCCUCAGUGAGAGAACCCUUAAUGGCGAUUUCGCCAAGGGUGAUUUCAUGCGGGAAGUCCAUCCUGACUCUUCAGACAAUAAGGAAACCGGCGGCGGUUUGGGUUCAUUAGCCGAUGAAUUGGAAUCUGCCGAUGCUCGACCUGAGCCCGACGAUAACCGCAGACUUGAGGCAGAGCUCAAGGCGCUUAAGGACCAGAACAAAGCUCUGACGCUGUAUAUUGAGCGGAUCAUCAGUCGACUCUUACAGCAUGAGGGAUUCGAGCAUAUCCUGGAUAAGAACGAGACCGAGCCAUCUGCCAAACAAGGCGGCAGCGAUAAAGAUCUUCCCCCGACUCCCCCAGAGAAGGAUGACCCGAAUCAGCAAACCCUCUUGCAAAGAGCUAGAUCUGUUGUCUCCGGCCAAAACACUAGGCCCCAGCCACGCUCCCGUCCAACCAGCAUGAUGCCGCCUCCCACCAGUGCUCCGAACGCCCACGAGAACCCUCAAACAGCACCUAGCAUCCCCUUAAACCGCGGCCAGUCAGUACGAGCUGGUCAUCGUCGGACGAGGUCAGAACAAACAACAGACCUGGGAGCUGCAGUUGUCGUUGGCCAAAUGUAUCGCGGUCGCAACUCUGGCGGCCCGAUGAGUCCCACUAUGAUGGGACCUGGCUCACGCAGCACCUUUACCGGGCCAAGUUACGGACCAGGACAAAUGUCUUCCAGCAGUCGUGCGCCUUCGCUGUCUAGCCAGCCAGAGCGUGAUCAUCUAAGCAGCUCGGCAAGUGUGUCAAGCGACCCUCCUGGCGACACAGCGUCUACCGGGGCAACUUCUAACUCUCCUCGUUCGAGCAAUGGCAUGACAAACUACACGGGAGCGGUCAUGACCCAAAGCAAGUUACGACCGCUUCGACUAGUUAGUGAGUCUAAGGCCGCUGAGGACGAGGAAGCUGCCCGAAAGAAGGCGAACAGGGGAAGUUGGAUCUCAUGGUUCAACCGCCCAGGUUCGAGCGAGGCUGCACAACAGUGA